GAUACGGGUCAGGAGGACGGCGUCUCGGGACCCUUAUGGUUCAUUUUUAACAGGUCCCAGGCUAAUGUUCACCGAGGUUUAAUGAUAUGUUGUUAGUUUGACGUUUUGCCAACCCACAGCCCCGUUCAGUCGUGAGACAUUGCGCACGGUAUGAUGGGAAAAUUAACGUAACAGCUGGGCGUGUUGACAUCGGCUAACUACAAUACAGCCCUGAUGUAGCUGUGUGUUCAUCUGGACCAAAGCGGCUUCGCAGGUGAAAUAGGAGACAGCCAUCACUUCAGCAUCAGCAUCAGCCUCAGCCAGUUCUCUCACCCACACACCAUACAAGUGGCAGUUCAAUGCCUAAUACAUCAGAAGGUCAAGGGGCAAACCUAUCCGGGCCACCAGAGCCGUCAGGGCUGCAAAGGACCACUGAUGGGGAGGAGGACCACGGUCUGCUCAGCUCCCUCGCCCGGGACGCUGCCAGAGUAAGGAGGGCAUCGAGCGCCGAGCUGCACCUGCCGUGGACCUGCCCGGUCACUCACUCCCGGGAGAAGUUCUACACAGUCUGCUCUGAUUAUGCUUUCCUCAACCAAGCCGCUUCGGUGUACUGUCCUCCAAACACAGCCAGAGACGUGGCCCAGAAGAAGCAGGACGACGGGCCGCCGCUGGUGAAGCCCAAAUCCUCAGCCGACUUCAGCGCUGGUCUGACCGGAGGGGCCCAUGUGGGAUCAGACGGGGACUGUGACAUGGAGGAAGUGUCCUCUGGAAACACUAAGCCUAUUUUGGCCUGGGAGAUUGAUACAACAGACUUCGAUGCUGUGCUUACUAGAAAAAUAAGAACAAGCAAUACGAAGAAAUGCAGCACCAAGAAGAUGAAGUCAUCAGACAGGCCCAGCCGAAACCUGCAAGACGUCUCCCCUCAUGCCUCACUGGAGGAGAUCAAACAGAGAAAAGUGCUCGACCUCAGAAGAUGGUAUUGCAUCAGUCGGCCUCAGUACAAGACUUCAUGUGGAAUCUCUUCCCUGGUUUCCUGCUGGAACUUCUUAUACAGCACGCUGGGAGCAGGAAGUCUUCCACCCAUCUCUCAAGAGGAGGCUUUGCAUAUUCUGGGGUUUCAGCCGCCUUUUGAAGAAAUCAAGUUUGGUCCUUUCACAGGAAACGCUACUCUGAUGCGGUGGUUCAGACAAAUCAACGACAACUUCCGAGUGCGAGGUUGCUCCUACAUUCUGUACAAACCACACGGAAAACACAAGACAGCAGGAGAGACGGCUGAAGGAGCGCUGAUGAAACUGACACAAGGGCUGAAGGAUGAGACUAUGGCCUACAUCUACCACUGCCAGAACCACUACUUCUGCCCAGUGGGCUUUGAAGCCACGCCACUCAAAGCAGCAAAGGCUUAUAGGGGCCCUCUACCCACAAAUGAAAUGGAGCAUUGGAUCCUGAUCGGGGAGCCCAGCAGGAAACACCCAGCGAUUCACUGUAAAAAAUGGCUGGACAUCGUGACCGACCUCAACACACAGAAUCCAGAUUACCUGGACAUCCGUCACACAGAGAGGGGGAUUCAACGCCGCAAGACCAAAAAGGUGGGUGGCAACCUGCACUGCAUCAUGGCCUUCCAGAGGGUGAACUGGCAGAAGCUCGGCCCCUGGGCUCUGAAUUUGGAGAACCUGCGCCACGACUUCCACCACUCCGGCGCGGAGCGAGCCCACGGCGCCUCAGAGGACACGGAGGAGAGGACGUCGAGCAAGCGCCUGGCCCACCUGGGACGCUCACACAGUAUGGGAAGCCAGAAAGACACCAGCUGGAAACGCAUGUCCAACACUGCGGAGUACAGACAGAAGAGCUCCCCCGGCAGCGAUCUGGAAGAAGACAUCGCAGACUGAAGAGGUUUAUCGGCACAUACAGUGGGAGGACAAAGUAACACAGUACAGUAGCCUUAAGAUACAUUUGAAGAAUAAGUCUGGUAUUGUUCUGUAUUUCACUCUUGUCUGUACUCUCUGACCCCUCUACCCUGUCUGUAGCACUUACACAAGCCCACUGGUUCCUACCGACGACGUAAAUCCUUAAAAAUGCAUCACAAAUAUAUAGUUUCAUUUAACUAAAAUGCUAAAUAAUGUCCGAACACAGCUUGGCACUGUAGCUUUUAGAAAAACAAUAUUCAAAGAGGAGUAAAUUGUGAAUUUUAUUAGGGAACUAUUUUCUGCGGUGGAUUAAUACGCAAUCAGCGCUCUAGUGAGGAUUUCCUGCAGCAUAAUACCGGUGCAACAGCGCGUCUCACUGAUGUGUUUUUAAUAUAUUAGGACAAUAGAUACAGAGACACCAGGCUCUGCAUACACAUGUAAUGCUCGUUAGCUGGACACAUUCAUGUUGGUUGUGGUAUUUUGUUAAUAACAAGGAAAAAAUAUAGAAUAUCACCAGACUUCUCCUUUAAUGUUGCUGAAUUAACGUCACAUUUAGAUUCAACCCAACUGUCACUUUGAGGCCGUAACGUAGUUCACAGUGUUUUUUUGAAGGUGGUUUUGGUCUCCUGUUCCUCUUUGAUGGUCCUCGCGAUUUUCGAAAGAUUUUCUUUUGGCACAUUUAUGUCAUUAGACUGCGACUGAUGCACCAGCACAGUGACACAGGCAGCUACACAAGUGAGCCAUAUUGAAUUGAUUAUUCUUUAGAGGUGAGCAACAAGUUUUAAUCGUGAUCUGACUGUUACUGUUUUUGUAAGUCGACCUUCGAGGCAGCGAUGCGACACCUUUGCAGGCGCACAGAGGACAGAUGUUGCUGUCUGGAUUGCUUGAGCAUCAGUUUCAAAUGUUUUAAGUCUCAAAACUCAUGAUGACAUAUUGCAAACAGAAGAAAACUUCACUGACGAGGGACAGCAGACGUCGAACUAUGGCCUCAAACAUGGAAGUUGACUGAAUCAAAACUUACAGAGUUUUUGGCAACGUGAGCUUCAAAGGGCCGCCACACUACAAGGUGUUUCUUUUAAUUUGUCCACCCAUGUAUUUCAACCAAAAGUGGUAGUUUAGGUGUUCUUACAUAUUCUAGUCACACCACAGGAUUAUUUUCAUGUCAUCGUAAUACUAAUCACAAACAUGUGUCUCUGAAUUAAAGUAUGUUUAUAUCAUAUCAUCUUUACCUGACUGCAGUGAUACUGUGAGAGUGCACAUUACAUUCAACUAGUGCUGUCUAGGAAACACACAACAAAGACGCAUUUGCUGUAAAUUCUGUUUAACAACACACACACCUCCACACUUCAUUGUACAGGUACAGUAAGUGGGCUUGUGUUGCGCCUGACGUACAGUGGUUAGUUCAGUGGAAAUAGCGUCCAGUCAAAGUGUUGUGAAAGCAGCUGACAUGUUGUUGUGCUUAGUGAAACCUACAGUGAGACUGUUGUGUAGAUGAUCCCAGUUUUUAAAAAGACAGGAGCUGUACAGAAGAUGAUCGUGGAAUCCUUCAUUAACCCGGAAACAAAAUGUGAACCACAGAAAGUGAAGACUGCAUGGUUUAGUUUCAUGUUUAUUUACACACGAGAUCUGUUCUCACACUUUUGUUCGCACCUUUGUGCUGCCAUUUGUCCCUGACCCAACACAGAUGUCUUUGUGUACUCAUGUGGAUUUGAUGUAGUGGUUAUUUAUUUAUUUUACAAUAAAUUAAGAUUUUUAUAA